AUGGCGGCGGCCAGGUGUAGGAGGCUUGUGUUCCGUGGUCCGGGGCUGUCACUGCACACGGCGACCGAAGCCGCGGCCAAGACUCUGGAACCCACCGGACCAGAUGUCGCAGUGGCCCCUUUAGCACGCUAUCCGCCGAUUGUGGCCUCGCUGACUGCCAAGAGCAAGGCCGCGCGACAGCGGCGAGUGGAGCGAUGGCAGGCGAAGGUACACGCGGCCGAGUCGGUGAACGAGAAGCUGCAAAUCCUCACCAAGAUGCAGUUCAUGAAGUACAUAGUUUACCCGCAGACCUUCGCCCUGAAUGCCGACCGCUGGUAUCAGGGCUUCACCAAGACCGUGUUCCUGUCCGGUCUGCCACCACCGCCCGCCCAACCGGCGCCCGCACCUGCUCUGGACCUUGGGGCCCUCCGUGCGGUGGCUUGUGACUGCCUUCUGCAGGAGCACUUCUUCUUGCGGCGCAAGCGGCGGGCGCCCAUCUACCAGGAGCGUGAGGCGAUCGCCUCGCCCUUCCUGGAUCAGCUGGUGGCAGCCCUCACGGGCCUGCUCAGCCCACACAACCCGACUCUGGCUACCGCCAUCCUCGAUAAUAAACGCCCGGUUCACUUUUACUGGAUGCGGGGUGAAGAAAUUAUUUCUUGCGGUCAUCGGAAAGGUCGAGUUGAUGCUUUGCGAUACCAAAUAAAUGAUAAACCACACAACCAGAUUCGAAUAUCCAAACAGCUCCCAGAGUUUGUGCCACUGGAUUAUUCUGUUCCUAUAGAGAUCCCAGUUAUGAAUUGUAAGCCAGACAAACUUCCUUUAUUCAAACGGCAAUAUGAAAACAACAUAUUUACUGGCUCAAGGACAGCAGAUCCAUGCUGUUAUGGUCAUACCCAGUUUCAUCUGUUACCUGACAAAUAUAAAAGGGAAAGACUUUUGAAACGGAACUGUGCUGAUCAGAUAGAGGUGGUUUUUAGAGCGAAUGCUAUUGCCAGCCUUUUUGCUUGGACUGGAGCACAAGCUAUGUACCAAGGUUUCUGGAGCCAAGCAGAUGUUACUCGUCCAUUUGUCUCCCAGGGUGUGAUCACAGAUGGAAAAUACUUUUCCUUUUUCUGCUACCAGUUAAAUACCUUGGCACUCACUACCCAAGCUGAUCAAAAUAACCCUCGGAAAAAUAUAUGUUGGGGGACACAGAGUAAGCCUCUUUAUGACACGAUUGAAGAUAAUGUUGUGAAAGGUUUUAACGAUGAUGUUCUACUUCAGAUAGUUCACUUUCUUCUGAAUAGACCAAAAGAAGACAAACCACAGCUGUUGGAAAAUUAAGGAAAAGCAUUUCAUUCAGGACUUUGUGAUCACUUAAUUUCACUGAAGAGAAAGUAAAUGGAAUUUUGAUAAUGAGGCUUAUACUGUCAAAGAAUGUUUGGAUAUUUUUAGGUGAAGAUUUCUCAUGUUAACCUGUGAUUUGGACUUCAUUUUGUUCAGAAUAAACAAUUUAUAAAAUUGA